AGAGGAUAACAAAAAUUGCACCGGAGCUACAGGAACUGAAAAAGAAGCAUGAAUGGUCAGUUCAAAUCAUGGAUGAACUCUUCGAACGUUCUGAAUUUAUAUACAAACACAGAGAUGCUGGAAUUAAAAGGGGAAAACUAUCAUCGGAGGAAGAAGACGAACACGAUGAUAUGGAGGAAACAUUCAAGUCAGUAGAAAGAGAUAAGAAGCUACCCGAAAAGGAAGAAACUGAUGGCAUAGCAUUAAUGGCGGUGAAAAAUGGGGUGGUGGAGAUAGUUGAGAAAUUUCUGAAGGAAUUUCCUGCGACCAUCCAUGAUAGGGACAAAGAUAUGAAAACUAUGCUGAUAUUGGCAGCUGCGAACAGGCAUCCCCCAAUAUACAAGUUAUUGACAAAGGAAAAUGUUCUCUCUAAAACCACCUUUCUGAGAGCGGAUUCACAUGAGAACAAUGUAUUACAUGCUGCAGCAAAGUAUAAUGAAAAUAGACCUUGGCCCAUUCCUGGGGUUGCUCUGCAAAUGCAGUGGGAAAUCAAAUGGUUUGAGUUUGUUAAAGCUUCUAUACCAUUUGGCAUCACUUUUCGCCCCAACCUACAAGAAGAGACACCAGAAGAAGUUUUCUCAGAAAGCCACAAGGAUCUCGUCGAAAAGGGUAGAGAUUGGCUGAUCAAAACCUCUGAAUCUUGCUCUGUGGUGGCUGCAUUAAUCGCUGGCGUGGCUUUUGCCACCACCGCUUCCGUCCCCGGAGGUACUCUCGACACAAGUGGCAAACCCAUCUUCGAAAAACAACCGGCAUUCCAGGUCUUUUCCAUCUCAUCGCUCAUCGCGCUCUGUUUCGCAUUCACUGCCUUGGUUAUGUUCUUGGCCAUCAUCACGUCCCGAUUUCAGGAAAACGAUUUCACUAGGAGCCUUCCUUUGAAGCUUUUACUGGGCUUAUCGUCGCUUUUUGUUUCCAUUGGGGCCACGUUGGUUUGUUUUUGCACAGGCCAUUUUUUCAUGAUUGGAGACAGACUCAAAAAUGCUGCAUAUCCUGUCUACGCUUUGACAUGCUUUCCGGCUUCUAUUUUUGCUGCGUUCCAGUUUCCACUCUACAUUGAUCUUUUGCGGGGUCUUUUCUGGAAUCCCUUUAAUCAUCAUCAUCGGUGGUUUUUCUGAAGACUCCGUGUUUUUUCACAUGGAUCAUAAAUAAUCCAGAGUCCUUUGGCCCCAAAAAACUGCUGACAUCCAAAAUAUUCCGAGCUCCAUCACUUAGUAGAGUAUUUCCAUAUAUAUAUAUAUAUAUAAAUUGUUGAAGUGUGGCAAUUUUGCCAUUUGAUGGUGCAUGUCACCGGCUAGCAUGCACACCUUGGUAUCAAAUCCUUUCCUUUUAUGAGUUUAUAUUUUUUUGUAUGUUUUAAAUUGAUUCAAGGUAUAUUUUGAUAAUGUUUUGUGCCUAAGUUAUGUAUGCAAAAUUAUAGGCAAAAUUAUGCACAAAAGAGUAGGAAUGUUAUGCUUGAAGUGCCUAUGGUGCUGGAUUCAUAAUUUCUAGCAACAUAGUUCCACUAUUUAUCUUAUAUCUCAGGUUGCAAAUGGAGUUUUGGGCUGAAAGUUUGAUGGAUGUCUACAGACAUAUAGAGAAGACUAUGGUUUAAAUUUCAGGUCAAAAUGACAUGGGAAAGUCCAUUUUCUUUUCCAAACAGAUUGUUGUAUCUGAUGGGCCCAAUAUGCAGAGUAUGGGCCAGUUUUGGAGCUGUUUGGCCCAUGAUCCGGUUCCAGAACUUUCCUAGCUCUUGGAACAAUAUUUAUUGAUGACCAAGGAUGCUUCAAACCAAGUUUCAUAGGCAGAUACAAAGGGAAACUAAGUAGGUGAAGCUAGUUUGGUUGUUUACCCAAACUAAUUAAACAAUAG